UUUUUAAAACUGGCAACUUAUUAUACUUUAAAAACCCAUUUGUCCUUCGUAAUCUUCCCCUCAGCAAGCAAAAGGAGUUUAUACAGUACUCAUAUAUUCACCGUUCAAGAAAAUACAGUGUACAUUUCCGGUAGAUCUGAAAUUCUUCGUUUCUCUAUAAUUUUACUGCUACAGGUUUUCGUCUUGCGAUCCACCACAACAAAAUUUCCACAUCACUAGCCAUGAAUUCUCGAAGGGAACGUAGCAACAGAGCAGCACUAUUUGAUGGUAUUGAGGAAGGUGGUAUAAGGGCUUCAUCAUCAUAUGCUUCACAUGAAAUUGAUGAGCAAGAGAAUGAGAAAGCAAUGGACGGGCUGCAAGAUAGAGUUCUUCUGCUGAAAAGAUUAUCAGGUGAUAUACAUGAGGAAGUGGACACUCAUAAUAGAAUGCUGGACAGAAUGGGUAAUGAUAUGGAUUCUUCAAGGGGAGUUUUAUCUGGAACAAUGGAUAAAUUUAAGAUGGUAUUCGAGACCAAAUCAAGCCGAAGAAUGUUUACACUUGUAGCCUCAUUUGUGGUCCUCUUUUUGGUGGUAUACUAUCUCACUAGGUAAUUAGCAUUGAAAACUGGGAUGUGUACUGAUUUUGUGUGCAGAAGAUGAUGCUGUUUUUACUCAAAAUUCUGCUGCCAAUUCCUCAGUGUAAGAAUCUUGUGACUUGUGGGUCUGUGUAAAGAUGUUUUUGAUGCAACAGAUAUCGAUACUUUUCAGUAUUUCGAAUGGAA